AUGGCUGGCGACGGUGCUGGCGUGACCGGCAAGUCGGAUCCCAUCAUCACCCGGCUUGCCAACGAGGACAAGAAAUGGUUCUACCAGAAGCCCAACCUGCUUUACCUUUACCUGAUGCUCUUUCCCACUUGCAUGGGUAUUGAGUUGACGUCUGGUUUCGACUCGCAGAUGAUCAACGCUCUGCAGAUCGUCCCCUUCUGGAAAUAUUACUUCAACGAUCCUCAAGGUGCUCUCAAGGGGAUUAUUGCCGCUGCCUACUCUCUCGGUGCUAUUCUCUCUCUUCCGUUCAUCCCCAUGGUCAAUGACAGGUUCGGCCGUCGCUGGUCCAUCUUUGGCGGCUCUGUCGUCAUGGUUAUCGGUGCUCUCGUUCAGGGUUUCUCCGUCCACGUCGGCAUGUACAUCGUCGCCCGUAUGAUUCUCGGUUUCGGUAUUCCCACUUGCAUUGUCUCUGGCUCGUCUUUGAUCGGAGAGUUGGCCUAUCCCAAGGAGCGUCCUGUCAUGACCUCGCUCUUCAACGUCGCCUACUUUGUCGGUCAGAUUAUUGCUGCUGCCAUCUGCUUCGGCACCAACAACAUCCAGAGCGACUGGGCCUGGAGAAUCCCAUCGCUUUUGCAGAUUUGCCCUUCUCUUUUGCAAAUCACCUUUGUCUUCUUCCUUCCCGAGUCGCCUCGCUGGCUCAUCACAAAGGAUCGUGGUGAUGAGGCUCUUGCUAUCUUGGAGAAGUACCAUGGCGAAUCUGAUCGCGGCGCCGAGUUCGUUGCGGCCGAGUUCGCUCAGAUGCAGACAACCAUCAAGCUCGAGCUGGAGGCGGCCAAGAAGUCAUGGCUGGACUUGUUCAAGACGGCCGGUAUGCGCCGUCGUGUUCUGAUUACCACCAUGCUGGGUCUCUUCACACAAUGGUCCGGCAACACCUUGAUUUCAUACUACCUUGGUGAUCUUCUCAAGAUGAUUGGUUUCACCGACACAACCUAUGUCCAGAAGAUCAACGUCUCGAUUGCCUGCUGGUCUCUUGUCUGCGGCGCCACCGUUUCUCUCCUCGUCACCAAGAUUCGUCGUCGCGUCAUGUACCUCGCUUGCACCAUCUCUCUGCUUCUCUGCUACAUUGCCUGGACCAUCUCCAUGGAGCGCGCUCAGACUGCCGCUCAAGCUGGCACGCCCAACAACGCGGCCAACAUUGCGACCCUCUUCUUCAUCUACGCCUACUCUCCCUGCUACAACAUGGGUUACAACGCUCUUACCUACACCUACAUGGUCGAGGUGUGGCCCUAUGCUGAGCGCUCUUCCGGUAUCGCCUUCUUCCAGCUCUUCGGCCGUCUUGCCGGUUUCUUCACCACCUUUGUCAACCCCAUUGGUCUCAACUCGGUGGGCUGGAGAUAUCUCAUUUCCUACUGCUGCUGGCUCGCCUACGAGGUCGUGUUUGUUUACUUCUUCUUCCCUGAGACAUUUGGUCGCACUCUGGAGGAGUUGGCCUUCUUGUUUGAGGACAAGCAUCUUGCCGACCAGGCCAACGCUGCUGUCGAAAAGGUUCUCAACGAGAAGAACGCGGACGUAAUUUCACUCGGUGGAGAGAAGGGUCGCUCCGAGGUCCGGGAGAAUGUUGCGUGAGAUGGUCACAGCAUUGCGGCCGGCGUGAUCUAGCCAAAGAUACCACGGAGUGGCUGGAGGGAAGGAGUUUGCUCGGGGACGCACAUGCUCGAUGGAGCGGGAGCAGGGUGUACCACAGUAGAUGCAUUUAUCUUUAGUUACAUUAGCACUAAUCGCCUAUAAAGGAUGAAUGACAUUUGGUGUUUCUGACGUCAGCCCUUCUCUUGGCCAUGUUGAUGUGUUGAUAUUUGCCGCUCUGG